AUGGAGACGAUGCUGCUGGAGCACUUCCCCGGGGGCCUGGACUCUUUCUCCUCGCCCCCAUACUUCGACGAGGAGGACUUCUUCCCCGACCCGCCCUCGCGGGACGCUUUGGCCGCCGAGGGGCUGCUGGAGCCGGAGGUGGACUUCCUCAGCCGGCAGCUGCACGAGUACUACCGCGACGGCGGCGACCCCGAGGGCGGCUACUGCUGCCCGCCGCCCGCCGCCGCCUUCCCGCCGUCGCCCGCCUCGCCCGGCUUCGCCUACGAGUGCUGCGGGGCGGCGGGCGCGGCGCUGCUGUCCCCCGGGUCGCGGCUGCAGGCUCUGGGCUCGGCCAAGCGUAGGCGGCGGGUGCGCUCCGAGGCGGAGCUGCAGCAGCUCCGGCAGGCGGCCAACGUGCGGGAGCGGCGGCGGAUGCAGUCCAUCAACGACGCCUUCGAGGGGCUGCGCUCGCACAUCCCCACCCUGCCCUACGAGAAGCGGCUCUCCAAGGUGGACACGCUGCGCCUGGCCAUCGGCUACAUCAACUUCCUCAGCGAGCUGGUGCAGUCCGACCUGCCGCUGCGCAGCGCCAGCAGCGAGAGCCCCAGCCAGCCCAAGAAGAUCAUCAUCUGCCACCGCGGCACAAGAUCUCCCUCCCCGAGCGACCCCGACUACGGACUCCCCCCUCUGGCCGGUCACUCCCUGUCGUGGACUGAUGAAAAGCAACUCAAGGAACAAAACAUCAUCCGGACAGCCAAAGUGUGGACCCCCGAGGACCCACGGAAGGUGAACAACAAAGCCUCCCUCAACGACAUCGAGAAUGAACCCCCCUUCGACUUUGUGGCGUGA